AUGAAUGAUGGAUUCCACGACCAUAAUCAUCAUGGACAUCAUCAUCCUUAUCACGGACUGACAGGAGUUGCACCUCUGAUUUAUUUUCAUCAUGGAAGUUUUUCUCCAUCGGCAAUAGCUGGUAUGAUUGUAGUCAGUGUUCUGAGUAUGCUCAGUGUGGCUGUUGUUUGUUGUGCCUUGGUACGCUAUCGGCACAAAUUCUCCCGAGAAUCUAAGCGCCAAAGUUCGUCUCAUGGAGACCCCCUCAGCAAGAUGGAGAAAGGAGCUGGGUAUGAAUUUAACACAACUGAACACUUGUUAAAGGAGGAACAGGGAAGCAAUAAGAAAGGAACCGGAAACAAGUCAGACCCUGUUGAAAACAAGUUAAAGGCUAGUCUAAGGAAACAGCAAAGUGACCCCCAGGGACAUGCUAAAAAAGUGAAAUCUGAUGAGUCGCUUUUGGCAAAUUGGGAGGAUUAUCUGGAGAAAAAAAUAAAGACACCGAGGAGCUUUUCCCAAGGGUAUGCUGCGGGGACUGAAUUCAGUGACGAGGAAUCUGCUAUGGUGGAGAUCGACUUGAAUUAA